GAGGUCUCCUCUCGUGGAUUACGCCACACGACUGAGUGGACUACAGCGGAAGUGACGUUGCUGCUGUUCCGUGUCCGUAUGGCGCAGCAGACUCCAGGACGGCGCUGCAUACGAGCGUUCAUCAGUGGGUUCUUCGUUGCCGUUCCUGUCACAGUUACUGUCCUGGAUAAACUGGCCUAUGUGGCUCGAGUUGAAGGAGCUUCAAUGCAGCCAUUCCUUAACCCAGACGUUGGGGGCCAGUGUGAUGUUGUCCUGCUGAAUCGCUGGAGUGUGAGAAACUACCAGGUUCAAAGAGGCGACAUUGUAUCUGUUGUAUCACCAAAAAAUCCAAAGCAGAAGAUCAUUAAGCGUGUUAUUGGCCUAGAAGGAGACUUCAUCAGGACCCUGGGGUACAAGAACCAAUAUGUUCGGGUCCCUGAUGGUCAUUUCUGGAUUGAGGGGGAUCAUCGUGGACACAGUCUGGACAGCAACAGCUUUGGCCCGGUGUCAGUUGGGCUUCUACAUGGCAGAGCUUCCCACAUCAUCUGGCCCCCAAAUCGCUGGCAGCGCAUAAAACCAUCUCUACCCCCAAACAGAGAACCUCUGAAUGCUGAAGAAGAAGAUGAAUGAAAAAACAACUUGUAUAUGUGAACUGUUUAUAAUAAAACCUAUAACUAUUUUUUUUCCUUUGAUCAUUUGAAUAAAGUUUUUCAAAUGUAUUUUUAA